AUGCGUUUCCAACCUGUCCUUGCUGCUCUUGCAGUCGUUCCUCUAGCGUCUGCCCAGUUACACGCUCUGGCCGUCAAGGCUGGGCUGAAGUAUUUCGGGACAGCUACCGACGUUGGAGAAUUGAACAAUACUGAAUAUGUCAAGAUCUUGAGAGACAAAAAGGAGUGGGGCCAAUUGGUUGGAAGCAACGGACAGAAGUGGUUUGCAACCGAGCCAGAAGAAAACAAAUUCGACUUCACUAUGGGCGAUGUAGUCACAAAUCUGGCAAAGAAAGACGGCCGCAUCCUGCGCUGCCACAACCUCGUCUGGCACUCCCAGCUCGCACCAUGGGUCGAGUCCAAGACCUGGACAAAAGCAACGCUCACCGCCGCAAUGGUAAACCACAUCACCAACGUCGCCAAACACUACAAAGCGCAAUGCUACGCCUGGGACGUCCUAAACGAAGCCCUCAACGAGGACGGCACCUACCGCAACACCACCUUCCUGCACCACAUCGGCCCUGAAUACAUCAAGAUCGCCUUUCGCGCAGCUGCAAAGGCAGACCCCCAUGCCAAGCUCUACUACAACGACUACAACCUCGAGUCAGUAAACGACAAGACCAAUUCUGCGCGCAAGAACAUUGUGAAGUUUCUGCAAGAUGAUGGGAUCCGUAUUGAUGGAGUGGGCAUGCAGGCGCAUUUUGUAGCGGGAAGCGCACCAAGCAAGGAGCAGCAAAUUGAUAAUAUGAAGAAGUUUGCUGCGAUGGGGGUGGACGUUGCGGUAACAGAGUUGGAUGUUAGGAUCAACUUGCCGACGAACAAGACAAAUCUGGCGGCGCAGGCGGUGGAUUUUGCUAACACGGUCGAAGCGUGCUUGGAAGUUAACGCGUGUGUUGGGAUUACAGUUUGGGACUUUUAUGAUCCGUUCUCCUGGGUUCCAGAUACCUUCCCAGGUCAAGGAGCAGCCACCCUCUGGUUCGCAGAUUUCACCAAGCAUCCAGCAUAUAAAGCGAUGGUCGAUGUUCUCAAGAAGUUCAUCAAAGAGAAUGGGAGUCAUCAUCACCACGGAAGGAACUGGCAGCCUUGGAGAUCUUGA